AACUUUCUGGGCAAUGGACAUCCUCAACUGCUUUCGUAGAGGAACUUGAACCGCGCCUACUUUGCAUGAAGUAUAAAGCACUAGAAAAUCUAAAGUAGCCUACAACUCUCUUUCACGAUAACUGAAGGAUGGCCAACUACAAUAAUGGGAAUAUACGGAACAAUCGAACAGAUGACAGCAUAAACUGCCCGACAGAAAAUGAUGACAAUCAGCAGAUAAAUCCAGGCAUCCCUUUGUCCAGGAAACUGUGCUAUGCCAUUGGAGGAAUGCCUUAUCAAAUGACUUCAACCGCCAAGGGCUUUUUCAUGCAGAUCUUUUUACUGGAUGUUGUGAAGAUGGACGCUUUCUCUGCAUCCAUCAUCCUCUUCCUCGGUCGAGCUUGGGAUGCCAUUACGGAUCCUCUGAUUGGAUAUGCUGUGAGCAAGAGUGGCCGGACCAGAAUUGGUAAACUUAUUCCUUGGGUUGUUUUCACUAUGCCACUUGGGGUCACAUCGUACGUCAUGCUCUGGUAUACGCCACAGGACACCAUGUCCUCUGCCUUCAGUUUCAGCUGGUACUUCAUAUGGUGCUGUCUGUUUGACACCUUCAUGAGUUGCUACCAUGUGCCAUAUUCUUCCCUCAACAUGUUUCUGGGGGGGAAUGAGAAGGACCGAGACUCAGCCACUGGUUACAGAAUGGGCAUGGAAGUGUUCGCCACCCUGGCGGGAGCUGCCAUUCAGGGUCAGAUAGUGGGAGUGCACCAUGCCAAAAAAACAGACAUCUGCAGCUUAAAGAAUGGCACGGAUGAGCCUUCUGGGAACCACACAGAUGGCAUAGCUCUACAAAAUACAAGAACAGCCUAUAUGACUGGUGCACUGAUAUUAGGAAUGCUGUACUUUCUGUGCUGCCUCGUGCUUUUUCUUGGAGUAAAGGAGCAGUUGGCCCCUCUGAGUAAACUGGACCGCAUAAAUGUCUCCUAUCUUACUGGUAUGAAGAUGAUAUGGGGACACACUCCAUAUGUGCGGCUUGUAUUUGGCUUCCUCUUUGCUUCACUUGCCUUCCAGAUGGCUCAGGGAAAUUUCGCCCUCUUCUGUACUCAUGCAGCGAAUAUGGGAGGAUAUUUUCAGCAUCUUGUUCUCAUAUUAUUGACAGCAGCCACAAUAUCAAUCCCAGUGUGGCAGACAUUAUUGGUCAACAUAGGCAAGAAGACCACUAUAUACAUCGGCCUUUCAAUUUACAUCCCAACUCUAAUUGUGAUAUCCCUAGUGAAUAGUAAUUUACCCGUCUUCAUUAUUAUGUCCAUGUUAGCCGGCACAAGUAUGGCAGUCCUCUAUUUACUCCCUUGGUCAAUGCUGCCAGAUGUGGUGGAUGAUUUCAAAGCCAAGAACCCAUCUUGCCAGGAUCUAGAACCACUAUUCUACUCCUGUUAUGUUUUCUUCAACAAAUUUGGUGGAGGCAUGUCUGUUGGAAUCUCAACUUUGGCACUACACUUCGCAGGAUACAAGCCUGGUGCUUGUAAACAUAAUCCAGAGGUGAUAAACUCGCUGCGGAUACUCUUCGCUCCUGUGCCCAUCUGCCUGUUGCUCAUCAGCUUGGUGAUUUUUUACUUCUAUCCCAUCAAUGAAAAGCGACGGCAGAAAAUCCAGAAAGCUUUAAGGAAAGCAAGGACAGAGACCAGCAUGAAAGGAGAAGAAGAACUGAGCCUAUGAAGUAAUCACUCAGUAUGUCAAGGAUUCCACUAACAUUUACAGGUUGUGGAACUGUUAAUAAUGAACAUGUUUUGUUUUCCAUCUCAGUGGAAAGGCUUUGUAUUGUGCAUGGUGAAUAUUUCUCAAUUUUGUUCUCGAGGGACCCC